AUGCUCGCGCGCAACAGCGAGCUCGAGGGCGCGCUCUCGAGCGUGCGCCAGCUGGAGGAGCGCUUCAACCACCAGUACCACUACCCGUGGGUCUUCCUCAACGAAGUCGAAUUCGACGACGCGUUCAAGCAGAACAUCACUGCCGUCGUGUCCGGGGCCGUGCGGUUCGGGCUCAUCCCCCAGAGCGACUGGUACCAGCCCGACUGGAUCGACGAGGAGAAAGCAUCCGCGGGCCGGAACAAGAUGGUGGCCGACAACGUCAUCUACGGAGGCAGCGUUUCGUACCGCAACAUGUGCCGUUUCAAUUCUGGUUUCUUCUACAGGCACCCGCUCCUCCAGCGCUUCAAGUGGUACUGGCGCGUCGAGCCGAACGUCGACUUCCUGUGCGACACCGACUACGACCCGUUCAAGUACAUGGAGGAGAACGACAAGGUUUACGGCUUCACGAUCUCGCUGUACGAGUGGCCACAAACGGUGGCGACGCUGUGGGAUGCCGUCAAGGAGUUCACGCAAAAGUACCCGGAGUAUCUCGCGCCGAACAACUCGAUGAGCUUCCUGUCGGAGAACGGCGGGGAGACGUACAACAUGUGCCACUUCUGGAGCAACUUCGAGAUCGCGAACCUGGAUUUCUGGCGGAGCGAGCCGUACAGCAAGUUCUUCGACCACCUCGAGUCCAAGGGCGGGUUCUACUACGAGCGGUGGGGCGACGCGCCCGUCCACAGCAUAGGCGCCGCGCUCUUCGCGCGCAAGGACCAGAUCCACUUCUUCAACGACAUCGGCUACCGGCACCCGCCGUUCACGCACUGUCCGAACGACUACCGGGUCCAGAAGCAGAAGAACUGCAACUGCAAGUCGUGGAGCACCUUCGACUGGAACACGUACUCGUGCCUGCGCAAGUGGCAGGGCGUCGUCCGCUCCUAG